GACAGCAUGCCUUUACUCUGUCACAUUUUGGCUGCAGCUUUUCUCCAGCUCUUCAUAGUCUCUGGCAAUAGGAUUCUAGCCAAGAACAUCAACUUCUAUAAUGUGAGACUUCCAGUAGACCCUACUCCAUUUCCAAGCAGCUUCAAGUGUUUUACUUGUGACAAUGUUGUUGACAAUUACAACUGUAACAGAUGGGCUGAAGAUAAAUGGUGUCCUCCAAACACACAGUACUGUUUGACGGUCCAUCACUUCACUAAUCAUGGAAAAAGCACCUCUGUCACCAAAUCAUGUGCUACCAGGGAAGAAUGCCGUUUUGUUGGCUGUCGGCGUCACAGGGAAGCCACUUAUACAGAGUGCAUAUCGUGCUGCGAGGGGAUGAUUUGCAAUGUAGACAUCCCAACGAAUCAUACAAAUGCCAUAUUUGCAGUCGUGCACGCUCGGAGGACAUCAGGCAGCAGCACACGGGCUGCUAGUCUCCCACUGCUGGCCUUGGUCAUCGUAAUUUUUAUGCAAUGA